ACAAUCACAUGAAAUAAAAAAAAAUAAAAAAUAAAAAAUCAUACCUGCUGAUGAAGCAAAACGCAUGCGCAACCUAGCAAUUCUUAAAAAUCAGGUGUGUGUGUUGUGUAUGUGAGCAACAGGUAUGAUUUACCUGGAUUUACCUCAUUAUCAUCAUCAAGUACUAAGUGAUAUGUUUGAAAUAAAAAACAGUUAAACUUAUCAUAGUCAAAACACAAAUUCAAAGUCUAGAUAAAUGUAAAAAACAAAAGACAAAAGACAAAAUAACAUUGGAAGAUUAUUUUGUUGUAUUUUUUUUUUGUGUUGAUAAUAUUUUCAUGGAUAAAAUGAUUUUCAUUGAGAUUUUGAUGAGUUAAUUAACAAACAAAUAAAAAAAUAAAAAAUGUAAUUUUGAUGAUAGAAUUAAGUGAUUAUUGUGAUAAAAAAAUAUAUUUUUCAUGAAAUUAUUAAGUAAAGAAAAAAAAGGUUAAGGUGUGUUUUAUUGUCAAAGACUGGAUGCAAUCGACUUGGCCAAGAAGACCGGCUCCAACAUUUCCAACCGGUUAAAAAAUAUAUUUUUAAAACACACAUUCCAUUCUGCAUUUAUACCUGUAUCAUCAUACAUGUCCAUAUGUCCAGUUUAUUCUCAGUUAAAUUAAAUAGAUAUGUCAAAUAAUAAAUUACAUAAAUUACUCAUUUUUGUUUUAUAUUUUGUUCAAAUUUUAUAAUUACACUUGGACUAUAUUUACAUGACAAUAUGUAACCUUGAUCAACAACUGUGUGUUGUGUUUUUUAAUAAGUGCAAUAAUUUAUUUAUUAAUUAAUAAAACAUUUUUUUUUUUAUUAUCAAUUGUUGGUGUGACUUUAAUUGGUGUUUUUUUUUAAUGAAAAAAUAAAUUAACUAUAUGUAAAAUUGUGAUAAUAAUUACCUGUCAAAUAUCAAUAAAUUUAUUUCAACUGACAAUGGAAGGAUUACAAACAACAAAUCAAGGAAAUGAAAUUGAAAAAAAUUAUAGAAUUGGUGAUAUUGAUGAUGAAAAAAAAAAUGAAAAAUGUAAUUCAUUUAUUGAAGAUGAUUAUAGUGAUAGAAAAAAUUCACCAAUAAAUAUCCUGAAAAAAAAUAUUCGUCGUGCAUGGACAAUAAAUGUUCCACCAGGUCACUGGACAAUAUCAAGAAAAUCAUCUGCAUUCAAAAUUUAUCGUAGUUUACCUUUGAGUAAAAAUAAUAAUAAUAAUAAAAUAAUUGAUAAUAAAAAAUAUGAUAAUAAUGAAAUAAUAAUAAAUGAUAAUAUAAAAUUAAAAAAUAAAAAUAGUGAAACUUUGAUUAAUAUUAAAAAUAAUAAUAAAACAACAUUAUCUGUUUUAAAAAAAUGUGAUAAAAAUACAACUAAAUUAUCAUCAUCAUCAACAUCAUCACCAUCAUUGUCAUUACCAUCAUCAUCAUCAAAAUAUUAUGGAGAAAAAAAAUCAAAUAUACCAAUAUAUCGUAAAAACUCACGUGAAUUUGAAGAUAUAUCAAGUCCACGUGAUACAACAAAACGUUCAUUGAUACCACAACGAUAUCGUGGUAGCAGUGAUGAUUUAAGAAAAUAUCGUGAUGAUAAUAAUACAAAUACACAAAGUCAUAUACCUAAAUUUCAAUUAUCACAAAAAUUAAAACGUGAUAAUAAAAAUGACAGCAAAAUAAAUAUUGGAUUAUCUAAAAAAGAUGAUAUACGUAUUAAAAAUUCACCAACAUUUGCCAAAAAAUUAUCAAAAAGUGAUAUUAAUUUAACAUCAAAAAUUAAAUUUAAUUCAUCACAUGAUACAUUAUCAAAUGACAAUAAUAUUAUUCAUAAUAAUAAUUUUAAUAAUAAUAAUAAUAAAAAUAAUGAUAAUAAUGAAAUAAAUAUUAAUAUGGCUAAUGAUAAAAUUGAUAUUGAAAAAGUUUGCCAAAUAAAUAAACAUGAAAAAAAUAUAAAUUUUGAUAAUGAUAAAAUAACAGAUGUAUUAACAAAAAAUAUAAAUGAUAAUGAUAAUAAAAUUAUUAACGAAGAAAUUAAAUUUACAUUGGAUAAUUGUCAAUUAAAAAAAAAUGAUGAUAUACAACAAGUGAUACGUAGAAAAUAUUCAAAGGAAGAAUUUUCAAAUAAUACAGAUGAUACUGAUGAUGCUCCAAAUCGUCGUUCAUCAAGUCAUUUGUCACCGGAGGCAAGUCCACUGAGCACUCGUUCAUCACGUUAUAGUCCACGUGAAAGCGAAAGUGAACCAACACCAGCUUUGCCACGAAAAACAUCAGGUGGUGAUUCUUGCAUAUCAUCACAAAGAAUAAGAGACGCAAUAACAAGAACAAGAAGAGAAUCAAAUAGCAGCACGAGAUAUGAGAGUAGUGGUAGUGAAAGCAUAAGAUUCAGUGAAUCUGGAUUACAUAAUUAUGUUGAUCUAGCAAGAAAAGUUAGAUUAUUUGGUAAUUAUUAUUGUACUGGUGCAUCAAUUGAUGAGUCAAUUCAACGUGAUAGUGCAACAACAAGUGCUGGUGAAGAUGAACCACAUGAUGAUUGUUUAUCACGUGAUUCUGCAAGACUAAAUGGUAUUAGUAAUCAAGGAAGAACAAUUAUACGAAGACGUAGACAAUUUGAUUCACAAGCUGGAACUAGAAGACGUGGUAGAUCACACGCAAGAACUUGUUGCAGUGAAGAUUUACAAAAUUUACAAUCAACACGUCAUAAUAGCCAAAUACAUAAUCACAAUCAAGAAACACCAAAUCCAGAUUAUAGACGUCUUGUAUUUAUAAGUUCAGAUUCAUCAUCUGGAAGAGAAGAGGAUGAUGCUGAUAGUAGUUGUUCAAGUUCGUCAUACUUGAAUGGUCUUCCAAGAAAUGCUCAAGGACUUGAAGAUUGUGAUUGGGAUUAUUUUGAAAGUGGAACAUUACCAUUACCAACAAAUUUAACAGAUAAUACUAAAAUUGAUAAUGCAAACAUUGAUAAUUAUUCAAAAUUAUCACAAAAUGAUUUAAGUUGUUGUCCUGGAUCAGUUGCUUGUGUAGCUUGCGGUGGAUCACCAGGAGGAAAAGUACUUCCCGUACCUGUUCCAAUACCAGUUUAUAUGCCAAUACCAGUACCUGUGCCAGCCUCUCUUUGGAACGUUGAUUUUGCUGCUGUUGCUAAUUCAAUGAUAACCGGAAAUACAACGCCUGAAGGAACACUUCGUUUACGUGGUGAUCCAACAGCACCAUGGUUUUCUUGGCAUCCAAGAUUUAAUCAACAAUUACAAAGUCCAAUACAACAUGAUAAUAAUAAAAAUUUACCAACAUUUGAUUCAUCAUUAUUUACAUUUAAACCAGAUGAACAAUCAUCAAUUGAUAAUAAUAAUUUAAUAUCAAAUGAUAUUGUUACUAAUGAUGACAAACAAAAACAUCAUGUUGAAAAUAAUGAAACAAAAAUUCAAGAUACAAAUAUUGCAUCAAAUUAUACAGAAAUAAAUAAUGUAAAUAUAAAAAAUGAUGAAUUGGCAAUUUGUAUGAAUGAGGAAAAUAGAACAAUGUCCUCGAAUGAUGAAUCAGUUGAAGUUAAAAAAAUAUCUACAACUUGUUUGUCACGUAGUAAUUCUAAUAGUUCAUCUGGUAGAUCAUCAGCCGACAGUAGUGACCUAGAUGAUAAAAAUUCCUAUCAUUUUUCACAGGUAUUUGUUGUUAAUGAUGACUCUUAUAAUAGUGAUCCUGAUGUUGUUGAUGCUGAAAAAAUUUCAAAUGAAAUUGCAACAUCAGAAAAUAUUGAUGAUGAAAAUAAUGGAAUAACACUUAAACAUAUAAUAUCAUUGUCUGAUGAUGAACCACCAAUAUUUAAUAAUAACAAUAAUAAUAAUAAUCAAUUGAGUGAUGAUGAUGAUGAAGAUGAUGAUUCUGAAACAUCAUCUGAUGAAUCUCACGAAUUAAUUGAUAAUAAUAUAUCAAUUGAAUCAAAUUUAACUGAUUCAAUUGAAAAUAAUAAUGAUAAUAAUAAUAGCCAUGUACAGUUACGUUCAAUUCGUCGUAUAAAUCCAGAAACAGGUCUUACUAAUCAGACUAAUGAGCAUUAUGUAUUAAAUGUACAAGAAAUUGUUGCUGAUAUAAAAUCAUGGGAUUCAAAUGUUACGCCUGAUUCACUUGAAAUUAUUGAUGCAAAUAAAAUUUAUAAUGUGAUAAAUAAUGAUAAUCAAUUAAAAAAUAAUUAUAAAAAAAAAUUAACAUUAUCAAAUAUUAAUGGUGAUGAUGAUGAUAAUCAUCAAAUUGAUUUUAAAUUAAAUACAAGUACGGAAAGUUGUAGUGAAAUAAAUACAACAGGAAAUGAAUUAAGUAGUAAUGAAUUACAUGAAUAUGAAGUAUCAUGUUUUGAUAAUAAUAAUUUACAAAUAAAAAUGAGCAAUAGUAGCAAUAAUAAUAAUAAUAGUAAUAGUAAAUGUGAAUCAACAGAUAAUAUUCACAAACAAACACCAAUGCCAAAGGAAAAAAGUAAUUUUCAUAAAUUGGAAAAAAUCAAUAGCAUUAAAAAAAAUAAUAUUGUCAAAUGUUUAUUAAAUAUUGAUAAAUCCAUUGAAUCAAAUGACAAUGAUAAUGAUAAUGUUAAUGCUGAUGAUGAUGAUGAAAAAGAAACAAUAAAAAUAAAUAAUAAUGAUAAAAUAAUAAUGAAAAGUUUAAAUGUAUAUGACAAAGAAAAGGAUAACAUUGGAUUAGUAAAAGGCGAGAAAUCAGAUAGUGUUGGACAGGUGGGAGAUAGCGAGGACAUAUUUACAAAUGGCGGUAAUAUUAGUAGUGGUAGUGGAAAAGGUAGUAGUAAUAGUGGGGAAAUAUUGGAAACGUCACGAUUUCACUCAGUUGAGCGAUGUCCGCCCACUUGUAAAGAGAAUGGAUUAUUACCAUCAACAUUAUUUACCCCACCAUUACAAUUACCAUCAACAACAACAACAACAAAAACAACACCAACAACAUCAACAACAACUGGAUUAUUAUUACCAAGUAAACAAACAAAAUCAAUACAAAAUUAUUCAAAUAUUAAUAAAUACAAAAGCCUUGUGAUGAUAACACAAGGAGCAUAUCAGCCAGUUAGUGUUGUGACGAGUGAUACAACAACACUACUUGAGCCUGACGAAACAAAAACGCCUCAAGGCUUAGCCGGUUAUUAUCAUCUCACCCUAGAAGCUGUUACUGAUAAACCACGUAAUGGACAACCACCAAGAAGACCAUUAAUGAUUAAAAGAUCAACACCACCACCAUCUACAUCAUCAUCGUCAUCGUCAUCAGGUAAUACAACUGAACAAGAAAUUGAUAGUGGUUUAAGUGUUGGUGGGAGUGCCAGUGAAAGCGAUGACGUACAACAACAACAUCAACAACAACAACAACAGUGUGUGAAAAAUCUCAAGCAUUGUUUAAUAAAUACAAGUGUCAUUCAAAAUAAUAAUAGUAAUAAUAAUGAACAAAUAGUGGAUGUUGGUAGUAAUAAAAAAGAUGAUAUUGUUAUACUUGAAGAGGGUUUAGCUGAUGAUGAUUCGUGGGUUGAAGAGGUAUCACACGAUGAAGAUGAACAAAGUGCAACAGCAACUGAAGAAAGUUCAGAGGAUGAAAUACAUAAUAUUGGUGGUGAUCGUGAAGAAGAAUUACGUGGUUAUCAUCGUCAAUCAAUUGAUUUUACACUUCAUACUAUUGUUGAAGAAUCAUGUGAAGAAAGUGAAGCUGAACCAAGUAUUGAUUCAAAUGGUUUAAGAAAAAUAAAACAAAGACCACCAUCAACAUCAGAUUUAGAAAAAUAUUUUUUCUUUGGUCUUGGUGGUGAUGGUAAUUUAACUGGUAUUAAUAGUAAUUCUUUAUCACAUGAAAUUGAUAGUUUAUCUGAAACAUCAUCAAUAUAUUCAGAGGGUCUUGAGUCACUUAAUCAAGAUGAUUUAACAAAAGAUAAAAAUUCAAAUGAUUUUACAAAUUCAUCAAGAUUAGAAAAAUAUUUUUUAUCAGAAUUUUUAGGUUUUGAUCAAGAUAGAAGAGAUUCUGAUGGUUCAGUUGGUAGUGAUUCAGAGGGUAGACCAAGUCCAGAAGCACAAAGAAGAAAAAGACUUGUUCGUGCACGUGGUACUGGUAGAUCACACAGUUCAUCACUUGAUAAUCUUUUAUCAUUAACUCAAACUUCACAAAAUAAUUUAAGUACACAAAAUUCAUUACAAGAUUUAAGUAUUCAAGAUACACAAGAUACACAAACUGAAGGCUCAUCAACUGAAACUGAUGGUGCUGAUGAUGGACAAACAGCUGUAUUUUGUGGUACUGAUGGACAAUUUGAUACUGUUAAAAGAAAAAAGAAAAAAUCAAGAAAUUUAGGUACCCAAAGUCCACGUUUUGUUGAAGAUAAAAAUAAAAACACAGAUGGUGAAUUAAAUUUUACAAAAUCAUCUGAAACAAUUAAUGAUAAUGAACAAAUUAAUUCUGAUCAUGAUGAUGACAAUAAUGAUGAUGAUGAUGAUGAUAGAACUAAAACACCACAACCAGAAUUAAUAACAUCACCAUUAUCUUCAUCGUCAUCAUCAUCGUCAUCAGCAUCAGCAUCAGCAGCAUUGUCAUCAUCAUCAGGUACAUCAGGAUCAACAGGUGAUGCUGCUACAAAUUCUAGUAAUUUUAGUGAUACACGUGUUAAACAACAAUCACGUGAUUCUGGUUUUGUUGGUAGUUGUGAUGAUUUACUUCAAAAUAAUCAAAAAUCAUUAAAUGAACAAAAAUUAGAUGUCAUUAAAGAUCAUAAUUCAAUUAAAAAUGAAAUAAAUAAUAAAAAAAUUGAUUUUUCAAAUAAAAAUAAUAAUAAUCCAUUGACAAAUCCAUCAUUAUCUAGAAAAGAUAGUUUUAAUAAUUGGUCAAGUGAUGAAGAGACAAAUUUAAUGAUGUCUAAAAUGCGUCAAUUUUUUAAAACAAUGGUUGCAAAUUCAAAUGGACAAUUAAUAAAUUCAACAUCAUCAACAACGCCAACAACGCCAACAACAACAACAACAACAUCAACAACAACAUCAUCAUCAUCGCCAAUAAUAAAUAAUUCAAGUGGUCCAUCACCAGUACCAAGUCCACGUUUAUCAUCAUAUACACCAGUUAAAUCAAAAAUCCAUCAGCAUAAUCGUAAAAAACCACCACAGUUAGUAUAUUUUGAAAAUGAAUUAACAAGAUUAAUGAAAACUGUGCCAGGUAUACGUGAUGAACAAGUACGUGAAAUUGUUGAAUAUCUUAGUUCUGAGGAUACUUGGUCUGAUUCAUAUGACAGUUCAGAUUAUACAAGUUCUGAUUUAGAAGGUGCUGGUGGUAGACGUUCAGCUUUACAAGAACAAAUAUCACAAAGUUGUCAACAAAUAAUUAAUAAAUUUGAUAUUAAUUCAUCAACAUUAUUAAAACAAGAAAAAGAUUUAAAUAAUACAACAAAAAUACAACCAAGUGUUGGACGUGAUACAGCAUUUGUUUAUCAAAAACUUGUACAAAGUUUUACUAAAAUUUCUGGUGAUAAUAAUAAUAUUAAUUCAGAUACAAAUAAUACAGCAACACCACACAGUAGUCCACCACUUAUUGCUAAAGUAAUGCAUCAUAUUGGUAGUAGAUUAGUUGCAUUAAUGCAUGAAGUUUCUGAGGGUAAUACAACUGUUAAUAAUAAUAAUAAUAAUAGCAGUAGUAAUAAUGGUAGUAGUCAUCACCAUCAUCAUCAUCAUUGGCGUAGAUAUUCACAACAUCAUCAUCAUCGUACACCAUCAUCAGCAUCAACAACUGAGGAUGAUGAUACAUCUGAUUCAACAACAACACCAUCGUCAUCAUCAAUAACAAAUCAAUAUCAAUUACCAAGAUCAAAAUCUCAUGAUCCAUUAUUAUUAAUAAAUGGACAACCAGCUGUUAAUAAUGUACAAGAAGGUGAAGAACGUGAAGCAAGUGAUUAUGAAAGAUUUUCAUGGCGUGGUAGUUUUGAAUCAGCAUUAAUGGCUGCUGAUUCACGUACAAAAUUAUUAGCAUGUUCUGGUGAUGUUAAUGCAAAUUCAAGUAUAAAUGCAUUAGCAAUGGCUGCUAAAAGACGUAGUGCUGGUGAUUUAUUAUUUAAUCAAAAAACAUUUUCACGUGAACAAUUAGAUAGAGUUAAAAGUUGUGGUUCAAUUGGUGGUGGUAGUGGUAUUAAAAAUAAUAAUAAUAAUCAUAAUAAUAACAGAGGUGUUUGUGGUGUUGGUGGUGGUAAUAUUAAUUGUAGUAAUAAUAGUACUGGUAAUAUUGUUGUUGGUGGUUCAAUUGAAGAUAAAAUAUGGAAUAAUAGAAGAAGAUCAUCAGUACCAGAUACAAAUACAAGAGGUGAAUCUGGUGCAUCAGCUGAUGAUGAUGAUGGUGAUGAUUCUGAUGAUGAAUUAGAAUAUAAUCAAGAUCCAAGAGCAACAACAUUACCAAGAGGUAUUCAAACAACAACAUCAACAAAUGUUGCAACAAAUUCAUUACCAAGAUUACCAGCUUCAGCAUCAUCUGGUACUGCAAUGGCUAAUAAUUCAUCAAUGCAUAAAGCACAUAGUAUGUAUCAUUUUCUUCCACAACAUACUAAUGUUAAAUCAGCAAGAUAUAGACCACCUGGAUUUGCUAGAAAUAGUCUCAGUAAUAAUGCCAAUAAUAACAUUGGACCAAAGAGAGCAUUUAGUGCACCUGGAUUACAAAUUGCAUCGCAAAAUAAUACUGGAAAACGAGAGUCUUCGAGGACACGAAGGCAACAGGCCAUGACCCUUACUCCUGAUGAUGGAAGUAGUUUAUCAGAAGCGUGCAGUACACCGAUAAUAGGUGUUAGCCCGAGGCCAAAUUCAGCUCGAGCAGUCAUGGAUAUCGAUGACAUGGAACGUAGUAGUAGUAGUGGUGGUGGUGGUGGUCUACAUCCGGGACAUAAUCUCAACACUCGUGCCUCAUUAUCAAGUCUUGGUGCAAGAUCAGACUCAAUGGCAUCAGUUUACAGUGGUGCUGGUGAAGGUAGAUGGUGUGGUUCAGUUGCAGUACGUGGUGAAGUUGAAUUUUCACUUCAAUAUGAUUAUAAAAAUUUAAGCUUCGAGGUACACGUUAGUCAAUGCAAAGAUUUAGCACCAGUUGAUAUAAAACGUAAUCGUUCUGAUCCAUAUGUCAAAGUAUAUCUAUUACCAGAUAAAUCAAAAGCUGGUAAACGUAAAACAAGAGUUAAAAAACAUACAUUAAAUCCAGUAUUUGAUGAAACAUUAAAAUUCCAAAUGAAUUUAAAUGGUUUAGAAACCCGAACACUUUGGUUAACAGUAUGGCAUUCAGAUAUGUUUGGACGUAAUGAUUUUUUGGGUGAAGUUAGAAUGCCAUUAGAAAAUAAAAUAUUUGAUGAUCCAUCACCAAAAUGGUAUCAGCUACAAGAAAGAACAGAACCAUUUGAUGAUCCAAUAUCACAAAAAGGUGAAGUUAUUGUUGGUCUUAAAUUUGUACCACCAGAUCCAACACAAUUAGAACGUGAUGGUUUAUUAUCAUCUAAAAAUAAAAAAAAUUAUUAUCGUGGUUCACUUCAUGUACUUGUUAAAGAAGCUAGAAAUUUACAAACAAGAAUUAAAAGUUCUGGUACAUGUGAUCCAUUUUGUAAAAGUUAUUUAUUACCAGAUAAAGGACGUGCUGGUAAACAAAAAACAAAUGUUGUUAGACGUUCUGGUGGUUCACCAGUUUGGGGACAUACAUUUAUUUACAAAGAUGUUAGUAUUCAAGAACUUGCUGAACGUGGCUUGGAAUUAACUGUUUGGGAUCAUGAUCGUAUUGGUAGUAAUGAAUUUUUAGGUGGUGUACGUUUUAAUCUUGGAACAGGCAAACAUUAUGGUAAAUCAGUCGAUUGGAUGGAUGCAACAGGUCGUGAACUAUCACUCUGGCAAAAUAUGCUAGAAAGAACAAAUUUCUGGGUCGAAGGAGCUGUAACACUUAGGCCAAAUUUACACAAUCAUGGAAAAAAUAGUUUUCCAUGAAUUUACAUAUAAAAUACGACUUAAAAUUUAUUAUUUUUCAUUAUUACAUUGGCCAAAAUUACUUAAUACAUACAUCCGUCCUUACAAGUGGGAGAAAAAAAAAUACAUGGACGGUUUUCUCACUCGAAAUAAAUGUGAGAACAACAUGCUUCCAUAUUUAUCGAAUUUUAUGUUUAAUUCUAUUAUUAUUUUUUUUUUUUUGAAAUUAUUUAUGUGGGAUGAAAAGUGAAUUUUACUUUCACCAAUUAUUUACAUAAAAAGAUGAAAUAUUUAUCGUAGAUUUAAGAAUCGAAGGACCAUUAAAAAACAGUGUAUUUGAGUAAUUAAAUACACGUGUUUUAAAUAAAACAUAUUUAAUUAUUAAUAGAAAAAAAUUAUAUAUACAUAUACAAG